AUGACAACAAGCACAUCUACUAUUCCUCCCACCAUUACAACACCGGAAGCCAUCUUUACACCAACCAUAAAACCACCCAUUACUGCUGCAACCACAAAACCAGAAUCCUUAACAACUAAUCGCACAACCAUUCCAAAUCUCACCACAACACCCGAGAACAUUACAACAAGUACAACAAAUCGUAUUACAACCACAGCACAAGAAACAAUGACAACAAGCACAUCUACUAUUCCUCCCAUCAUUACAACACCGGAAGCCAUCUUUACACCAACCAUAAAACCACCCAUUACUGCUGCAACCACAAAACCAGAAUCCUUAACAACUAAUCGCACAACCCCCACAACCACAACACCAAAAACAAUUACAACAACUACAACUACCACCACAACU